GGCUUAUUGGUGAAUUUUGAGGCAUUUAGAGCGGGUUACAUUUCAGGAAGCUCCUCCUCCUCCUGGUGCUGCUCCGUGGCACCGACAACCUCACACUCCGUGGUGCUUUUGUUGUGAAUACAUCACCGCGCUGCACAUAGCCAAUAACCAGAAGGUUACGAGGAGGUUGUUUCGACUCAGCCUGCAGUAGGAUUCAUUCAUUCGUCUCGUCCCGGAGAAGAAAACAAGCGAGCGCUUUUGCAGACUGAUCGCUUUGCACGGGCCUUUUGUUUUCUGCGUUUCUGCUCCAUCAAGGACGGGAAAUAAAGAGCCAAAUCUAUACGGAGAUCCAUGACAGACGCUUUGGAGAGGAUAUCGCUUCAGUAUCACGGUUCUGCAGGGGUUCGGCCAUGGAUGCCGGGAGGCUCGAGCAGCAGGUGGCCAGUGUGGAGAGAGGCAUCACCUUCCUGAAGCAGGAGCACCUGGCCAUGCUGACUGGCCUGCAGCUGGAGAUCACACACCUGAAGAGGCGCUGUCACGAGCUGAGCUGUGAGCUGGACUCCAGGUUUCCCGACAGAAACACAGCAGAGGAGGAGGCAGAGCUGGCGGCACGUUGUGAUGCUGCAGAGCGACUUCUACAGGACCAGCACUGCAUGAUGGUCGCUGCACGGGGGGAACUGCGGGCCAGCCGGGCACGGGCAUCGGCACUCGGGAGGAGCCUCAGAGAAGAAGAGCGACGUUUCUUAGAGGAGCUGAAACGUCGAAGCCACAAGAUCACACUGCUGAGUCGUGAGCUUCAGCGGCAAAAUGUCACGACCACGACCCUCUGUCACGAGCUGCACACUGCGCGGUUAAAACUGUUCCAGCAGCAGCAGAGCAGUGGGUCUGCUCCUGAGGGAGAGGAGGAGGCCAGAGGAAAGGACCAAUCAGAGGCAAGGCAGAGGAUGCGCAUCAGCGUAAGAGAGGAGAGGGUCAGGGCUUGCGUCCCACAGGAGAGAGUGACAUCACCACAGCAGCCACACCCCAUGCCUGACCCCGCCCUCUUCCUGGUGCCACUUAGGUACCGCCUCCUCCGCAUGCACCAGCCAGUCAGAUCACAGGAUGGAGAAGGGCUGGAGGACGAAUGGGAGGAUAUUGAUGACAGCAGGGUGCCCAGGAGGGUGGACAUGGGAGCAGGGGAGGGAGAAACUGCUCUGUGA